AUGCUAUCAAAUUCCCCUUGUUCAGUAAGCUUAGAACCGUACGCAGCUUUCCAAAUGCACGGACAUGCGCAUCUGCAUACCUUCGCCCCAAACCUCGCAACAGACGCUGCUAACUUCAUGGGAAACGGGACCCUGGGUAUUCUAACCACCAACGUCCCCAUUCCGGGCGUCGGUUGCAGCAAAACCGCUCAAACCCUGGGGUCGGGUAGUGGGCACACCUCUUUUUUCAUCGACGACAUCCUCGGCAAAAACAACAAGAAAAACAAUUCCACAUCAAAUAAUUCCGUCAACACUUGCAAUGGCGUUAGCAGCAGUAACAACAGCAAUUGUGUUAGCCAUAAUGACUGCGGAGGUCGCCAUUCGAACCCCGGCUCGCCUCCUCCUCCUCCUCCACACCAUCACCAUCAUCAUCAUCAUCCGACAAGGCCUACACCCUUUAACCCGGCCUUGGUUCAAACAACUCCCCCCUCUUCCAUUUGUAAACCGUUACCCAUCUACGACCACCCGGCUCUACUGCCUCCCCCAACAUACAUCAACAAUGCCAAUGUACACAGCUACCACCACCACCCGGCACAUACUCACCCACUAGGACAAAUAUAUACGUUACCUUAUGCAGCGAAACCGAUAGUUGAAUACCAUUUUAUAGACCGGCAGCAUUCUUUUACAAAAGUCUGUUCUAUCUAUCUAUCUAUCUAUCUAUCUAUCUAUCUAUCUAUCUAUCAGUUUGUUCAUAUCUAUUUCAGUCUGUUCUUCUAUCUAUCUAUUUCAGCCUUUUCAUUUUUUUCAUAUCUGUCUAUCUAUCUCAUUCUUCAUCCCUUCAGAGAAUCAAACCCUCCACCGCCACUAAACACCGCCACCAUGACAUCGCUAUCUUUACAAAGCCCAUUACACUCGCUACGCAACACUUUGCUUAACCGAUACAGCAAGAAUAACACCUUGUGCACACAAGCCUCCGCCCUGCCAAACGAUAUCUAUCUAUCUAUCUAUCUAUCUAUCUAUCUAUCUAUCUAA